AUGACGGCAACAACCUUUUCUCAGUUCAAUGGUGAAACAGAGGGUCUCGAGGUCGCCCAAGCCUUCUCUGCCCAAAUUUCUGGUAAGGUCGUGCUGGUCACUGGAGUGAACCGAGGUGGGAUCGGUUACUCAACAGCUGAAGCUUUGGCAUCGCAGGGGCCGUCGCAUCUCAUAGUCACCGGUCGCUCUCGUAUCAAGCUCCAGGAAAGCGUUGACGCAAUGAAGAGUCUAUACCCUCAGGUCAACUACGUCGUCCUCCAGUUCGACCUCUCUAGCCAACAGUCGGUUCGCGCCGCUGCUGCGGAACUUCUCGGUCGGAAUGAAAUUCCAAAAAUCGACCUGCUCAUUAACAAUGCUGGAGUCGCGUUCCUCCCAGAACAUACGUAUAGUCCGGAGAAGAUUGAGAUGCAUUUUGCGACCAAUCAUAUCGGCCACUUCCUCUUUACCAGCCUCAUUCUACCAAAGCUUAUCAGGGCUGCUGAGGAGAGCCCUAAGGGCGCAACUCGCAUCAUCAACGUGUCCAGCGGUUCGCCAAAAUGGGCGUACAUGAGAUGGAGUGAUAUCAACUUUGAGAAGAAGAACAAGGACCUACCGGAAGAAGAGAGGCCCAACUAUGAAGUGCAUAGAGCAUGGGGAUCUCCUAAUGUGGAAGAGCUGAGCUAUAUCCCUCUGGAGGCGUAUAACCAGAGCAAAGUCGCAAACGUACUCUUCAGCAUUGGCACAAACAAGCGAUGGUACGAGCGUUACGGGAUCUUGUCACUGGCGGUGUUUCCAGGAUGGAUUGAGACAGAACUCAGCAGACACAUGCCCUCCGAAGCUCGCGAGGCAAUUGUAAAGGUUGGGAACCAGAGAGGGGUGAAGUACAAGACCCUUCAGGCCGGGGGGUCGACCACUGUUGUUGCGGCGCUAGAUCCUAAACUUGGACCUGGUGAGAAAAGAGAAGGAAAGGAGAACUACGGUGUAUUCUUGGAAGAUUGUCAGAUUUGCAGCGGUGCGCAUCCUAAGGCUGAGUCUGAUGAAGAGGCGGAGAAGCUUUGGGAACUGUCAGAGAAACUGAUCCGUGAAAAGUCUUGA